CCUAGCAUUUCAACGUUUAACGGCUGGCCAAAAGUAACCAAACCCACGACGGUCUUAAGAAACGAAAAGAGAAGACAAAAAAAUAUUAAAAACAGUUUUCAGUACUUGAAGUUUGGGCGUAGUCAUUAGGGUUGUGAGAUUGGAGUUCGCGGAAGUAUUGCACAAACGAUUCAAGACACAUACACCACAACGAAUAUCAACAUGAAACUGCAACUAAUUGCGCUGUUAUGCAGCGUCGCCGUCGUCAUGGUUCAGGCCCAAAACUAUCCUCCACGUUUGAGCAUUCCCGGUGCCAUUGCCUCACCAGGUCCCGUUCUCCAUCGUCAACCGGUGUUGCGCGUGCGUCGUCCCGGAACGACGGUGCGCCAGCAGAACGCCAUCUUGCCAGCGGUGACGCCUCGUGUCGUGCUGGAGGAGCGUCCAGUUACGGAAGCUGCUGAGGAUGAGCAGCCAGAUGCAUUCCUGCCAAGUCUGCUGCGUGAGCAACAGCUUGCCCAGGCCCAGCAGUCGCAAUUCCAGCAGGCGGCUGCCGCUUUUCUGAAUGGUCAGCAAUCCAUUGAGCCCGCUGCUCCCGUCCCACAGCUGCUGCAGCAUGAGGACAGUCAACCAACUGCCAUUCUGCCCGCACCACCGCGUUUCGCUGAACGUCCCGCCGUUGCAACGCCCAUUAAUCGACCUGCCUUCAAUGACUUUGGCAUUGGCCGAUUCGAGAGCUCACAGAGAUUUGCCCCAGAGCGUCCAGUGCAAGCAGCUGCAGCUCCUCCUCCACCACCACCACCACAGCCACAACGUAUUGCUGUCAUUCGCACACGUCCCGCGGCUGCAGUGCGUCCCGAGGCACCAGCACCUGUCCCCGUUGCACGUCCAAGACCGAAGCCUAUUCAGUCGCGUCCGCUCAUCGAUCAGAAUCAGUUGCAGGAUGAGCAACAAUCACAGCAACAGCGUCGCCAACGUCCUGUGGCCCAGACCAUUCGCAAGUGGCGCGAUGAGAACGAGGAUGGCAGCAUCACGUGGGGCUAUGAGAAUGACGACGGCUCUUUCAAGGAGGAAAUCAUUGGCACCGACUGCAUAACCAAGGGCACCUAUGGUUACAUUGAUCCCGAUGGCAACAAACGUGAGUACAACUAUGAGACUGGCAUCAAAUGCGAUCCAAAUGCACGCGAGAACGAGGAGGAGCUGCAGGAGAACGGUUUCAUCAACUACGAGGAGAAUCGCGCUGUGCUACCCAAUGGUCUGGAGAUUGAUAUGACGCAACUGGGCAAGAAGAAGUCCAAGCGUCCCAACAGCAUCUACAGAAACUAGAAAGCACUACACCACAUCC